CGAAGAGGAACACGAACAUGAUCAUGAACAGGAACAUGAACAUGAACCCACACAAGAGCAUGAUCAUGAAACUGAAGAAGAAGAGGAACAGGAAGAGGAGAUCUCCGAAGAAGAUCUGCUGCAGCUAAAAACUACCACGGCUACAAGCAUUCUUUGAGCGCAUGUGAAUAGCUGACGUAGUUUAUUUGAUAAAAAAAAACUGUCGAAACUGAUCGUAAAGUGUAUAACAGUGUAUCAUAGAAAAUAAAAUUUAAUGGAUAACACCAAAAACACUCGCUGCAGACCAAGAGACACAAACUAGUGUACACCAGGACGUAAAAAUAUUUUUGAACUCUUCCCUUUCUUUUUUGCAUACCGUGUGCGAACAUUCACAACUCCACAUUUUUGAUUCUUGAACAAUACCAUAUACAUUGAUUUUUUGAACACGGGAACGCGGUUGUCAUCCGGAUUCGGUAAUAUACUUAUCCCGUGUACAUCAUGACCGAAUCACCCGAAACGCAGCGCCGCCGAGAAGAAUGCGAGCGGAAGGCGCGUCGUGGCGAGAUGGAUCCUCGGCUGGAGUUCACCUUCCAGCUACUAAUGGACGCCACUGGACUUCCGCGCCAUCAAAUCAUGGAUCACAUCUUCGAAGGAAAUAUGUUGGACGAGAUCAAUCAGCUAUUUCUUCCAAACAUGCGCAAUAAGCUGAUGUGGUUCUAUCAGGAAGUGGACGAAGUGGAACAGCCGACCGAACGAGAUCUCAAUAAACCAGGUCCAUCCAGGGCGGGAGCGUCGAGCUCUUCUAAAACUCCUUCGGGAGCCUCGGGGAGUGCUUUACACAAGCCGCACAAGCUGUUCAUUACCGAUGGGUGGAGUUGCGCCUUCACCGGUAUUUGUAUUUACAUGUUUCGUAUUAACAUCCAAAAACAGUUACCCGAGGAGGGCUUCCAUAAGGAUUUAUACUGUGGCUAUAUAGACGCAAAUCGUGUUGGUCUGGUGACUUCCAUAGAGCGAAUUGUGGAGUAUGUAUUUAUGCAAGCACUGGCUUAUCCCAACAUCGAAUCCGAAGAUGAGGAGAUGAGUUGCAAUCUGGUGAAAUCGCAGCUACUGCCUGGAUUGCGCUCAUUCUGCAGCGCCCUGCGCGUUUGCGAGCAAGUUUGCAAUCAUUUUAACGUGUUUGAUGAUGGGAAGACAAUUGUCUGCCGCGUUGAUACGCUGGCGGAAGUCCGUGAGCUAUCCAAGAGCGCUUCGGUGUGCGCCGAGCUGGAGGAGCGAGUCAACAACUGGAUCAAGGGUAUCGCUAAGAUUUUGAUGGAAAGUGAACAACUCCGGCGGGAGAAUGAUUCGAGCGGACCACAGGAUGAACUGGAAUAUUGGAAGCGCCGCGGAGCUCAAUUUUCUCAGUUGCUGUCGCACCUGCAGGAACGUGAAGUCCAGUGGACGUUGUACUGCUUAUCGCAGUCGGGCUCAAAAGUGUUGAAGCAAUGGAAAGAGACCGAUAAGAAGAUUACAUUUUGCUACAAUGAAGCGCGCGAUAACUCCAAAUUUAUCCAAGCCAUGGAAGCUUGUUGCCACUCACUUUAUCUGGACGAUCCAGUAAACAUGAAGGAGUCAAUUGUGAGCCUCCUCCAAACCGUUCGGUUGAUAUACAGUGUGUCACAAUUCUACAACACUUCUGAGCGCACGUCCACGCUGAUGGUAAAAAUUACCAACCAGAUGAUUGAAACCUGUAAAUCUUACAUUACAUGUAGAGGCAAAGAAACGAUCUGGACUCAGGAUCGGGACCUAGUUCGCACUAAACUCACCAACUGCUUGAAACUAAAUCACAUCUAUAGAGAAACCUAUCACGCCGUUAAGUCGCAGCCGUUCCUUCCAGAUCAAAUACCCUUUGCCUUCUCUGAGAACUACGUAUUCGGAAAGUUUGAUACAUUUUGCGACCGUUUGUCCAAGAUUAUUUCCAUGUUUAGCUUGAUUGAUGACUACAACCAUUUGUUCGAGAGACGUUUAGAGGGUCUCCUCCUGGGUGAAUCUCUUGAGGAUGCCAUGAACACUUUCGACGAAGCACGUGUUGAAAUCAUAAUGAAAAAAUACGAUUAUCUCGAUCAGCGAAAUCUGGACUUCAAUCACGACUUUCAGGUGUUUAUGCAAAAAACCGACACUCUGAAGGAGACUAUCGCAUCGAUGAUUGAACACAACUUCGACAGCGUUUGGGAAACGCCACAAGGAAUCCGUUUCUUGGUCCGCUUCGAAAAGGUCAGUGAAAAGAUACCCCUCAGCACGAUGGACGAGAAGUAUCAGCGGGUUUCCAAGUACUGUGAGAAGGAGAUCGAUCGCAUUUUGAAGCUCUUUCGUAAGCAGCGUGAUGACCCACCGCUCCCACGUAAUUUCCCACCGAUAGCGGGACGCAUAAAGUGGUGUCGUUCGCUGGGAUACCACCUGAAUGAGCUUGUAACUACCGUUACUACGCAUCCCGUACUUGCAUCGCUACCGUCAACGAAAGAUAUCGAAAAUCGAUACAAUUCAGCGAAGGUAAUUCUGGCGGAGUACGAGCAGGAGAUGACACAUAUCUGGCUCAGCCAAGACGUGGGUGUGGCGGACGCCUGUCUAGUGCAGCCGAUUCUGGCGUUGCAGGGCGAUCGAUUGGUAGUUAAUUUGCACCCCACGAUUCCGUUGCUCAUUCGGGAGAGUAAGUGUAUGGCGAAAAUGAAAAUUGAUCUACCGAUUGUAGCCGCUACGUUGCUCUGCAAACAGAGCCAUUUCGGGACGAUUCAGGACUCGCUCAAUAGUCUUAUAAAAAUGUUUUUGAACACAAUUAAGAAAGUUAAAUUGGAAGUAAGACCGUUGUUGCUUCCUCAGUUGGUGCGGUUAACGGCUAUGAUGAAACCUGGACUCAAAUCCAUCAAUUGGACUAGCCCUAGGUGGAUGGAAUUUUACGAUAAUUGCAAGGAAGCUAUUGAAACAUUCGACGUUUUGGUUGCCCGCGUUCAUGAUAUUUACUCGAAUCGCAUUCUGCACGUUCUCACGUCCAUGCAGGAUGUCCAGCUCCAAUCGUUGCCGCAAGACGACGACAUGUGGUCCGUGGAUGAAUUCCUAGAGUAUACAGAGGAAACCUGUCGCCAGGCGGCUACUGAACUGAACCGGAAGAGUCAAAUGGUUGAGGAAGCGGUCGAAGAGGUGUUGGAUUUAGUUCAUCGAGCGUCCCAGAUAUUCAAACGUAUGGUGGGGGCAGAGAACGAUUUUUUCGUCGACGAGGAUAAGAAGCCGUCGGAGAAGUCUUCUCCGACUCCAGAGGCAGAUAACGACGAUGGAACGGGUCAACAGCAGGAUUGGAGUAUUCUUUGGUCCUGUUUUGAAAAUCCUCUACAGUUGCUGUCGCAUCAUGGGGGUGGUUUACCGAAGGGAAUGCAGGACAUGGUAUUCAAUGCCGUUUCAGAGAUGCGGCGAUACUACAGUCGUAAAGUUAUUGAUGUUCUUAUACGCGUCACGCGAACUUCACUGGAUUGUCUGCGACGACGUUUCAUCGAGGUAGAAGGUGAAGAUUGUCCAAGAAAACCGAUUUUUAUUCUGCAAUCGCUGCUUAUGAUCCCAAAUAUAACCAUCAGACCAAAUUUAGAAGAGCUGCAGGAGGCGCUGACUAUAGCCGGUAAGCAAAUUACAGGUGUUUCUAAAGGUGUCGCCCAAUGGAACACUGGGAAGGAUAUCGAGGAAAAGCCGAGGCCUUCGGCUGCAGCACUUGCUUCGGCAGCAACUGCUGCGAAGCUAGCUAAAGCAAAUGCCGCUGCUUUAGAUGACAAAUCUCGUCGACGCAAAAUGUAUCGACUGCAAUCAGAGGAGAAACCCCGAAUAUUACACAUGACCAAAAGCUUCUACAGCUACGUUAUGGACAACAAGGAAGUUGUUAAAACACUUUCCCUCCUAUCGAGCUGUAUUCGUAACGUGAAACCAGAGCUGCAUCAAUUUGUGGACAAGUGGAAACCAUAUCAUUUUCUCUGGAAAAACGAUAAAACCAUUCGUCAGCUGUUGGAAUAUUCGCUGCUCGACUUUGAGGGGACUCUCCGACGACUGGUUGAUUUGGAUGCUAAUUUAUUGGUAGAACCGGAUAUGCAAUAUUUCGGGCAAAGUAUUGCCCUCUCUACGGAGAAAUUGAAGUUUGGUUUGGCAAUCGAAAUAAAAUCAUGUACCCACAAGCUAGGACAAGCAAUGAAAAAAAAAUACAAACGAGAGAUGGAUUACGUGUAUGCAGUUAUCAACGAGAUGGAUCGUAAGCUUGAUCGUCAGAUUCGAGAUUUGGACGACGUUCGCACGGUUAUGGAUACACUGAGUAAGAUCCGGGAGCAGGAAGUGGAUAUGGAGCUAAAAAUUGAACCCAUUGAGGAUGCCUUCAACAUGAUGCACAAGUAUGAUAUCCAAGUAGAUCGAGAGCAAAUGGAUCAGGUCGACAAUCUGCGCUACACUUGGGUUCGUCUGCAGUCUCGUGCUAAAGAUGUGCACUGCAAACUGCUCGAGAUGCAACCAGAUUUUCAGGGCGACUUGCGAGCCAACUUGGAGAAAUUCAAGCAGGACAAGAUCGAAUAUGUUACGGAAUAUCGGGCGUCUGGACCAAUGCAACCGGGGCUAACACCACGCGAAGCAUCCGACAAGUUGUUGCUCUUCCAAAAUCGAUUCGACGGAAUGUGGAGAAAGCUCCAGACUUAUCAGAGUGGCGAGGAAUUGUUUGGUUUGCCUCAAUCAGACUAUCCUGAACUUGGCCAGAUCAAGAAGGAGCUGAACUUGCUACAGAAGUUGUACAAGCUUUACAACGAUGUCAUUGAUCGGGUCAGCAGCUACUAUGAUAUUCCUUGGAGUGAUGUCGACAUCGAAGAGAUCAACAACGAAUUGAUGGAAUUCCAGAAUCGUUGCCGGAAGCUACCAAAGGGUCUCAAGGAGUGGCCCGCCUUUUACGCGCUCAAACGAACAAUUGAUGACUUCAAUGACAUGUGUCCAUUGCUUGAGCUAAUGGCAAAUCGAGCGAUGAAACCACGUCAUUGGCAGAGAAUCAUGGAGGUGACAAAGUACACUUUCGAGUUUGACAGCGAAGGUUUCACGCUGAAGCACAUUCUGGAAGCGCCUCUGCUGAAACACAAAGAAGACAUAGAGGACAUUUGUAUUUCAGCAAUGAAAGAGAAGGAUAUCGAGGCUAAAUUGAAGCAAGUUACGAACGAAUGGUCCGCACAUGAACUUAGUUUCAUGACGUUCAACAACCGGGGCGAGUUGUUAUUGCGUGGCGAUACGACCGCCGAAACCAUCGGACAACUGGAAGAUAGCCUUAUGGUGCUUAGCUCCUUACUUUCCAAUCGAUAUAACGCUCCAUUCCGUAAGCAGAUUCAGCAAUGGGUUUACGAUCUAUCAAAUUCAAAUGAUAUCCUCGAACGUUGGCUGCUGGUGCAGAACAUGUGGGUUUAUCUGGAAGCUGUAUUCGUCGGCGGUGAUAUUGCAAAGCAGCUUCCGAAAGAAGCUAAACGCUUUUCAAAGAUUGACAAAUCUUGGCAGAAAAUUAUGCAACGCGCCCAUGAGACCCCGGGCGUUGUUGCCUGUUGUGUUGGUGAUGACCUAUUGAAACAACUUCUUCCACAUCUUCAGGAACAGCUGGAAUUAUGUCAGAAAUCACUCAGUGGAUACCUGGAGAAGAAGCGUAUGAUGUUCCCGAGAUUUUUCUUCGUAUCGGAUCCCGCAUUACUGGAGAUCCUUGGCCAAGCGUCCGAUUCACACACUAUCCAAAAUCAUCUUCUAUCGAUAUUCGACAACACGCGAUUCGUGAAGUUCCACGACAUCGAGUACAACAAAAUGAUGGCGAUUAUUUCCUCAGAAGGCGAGCAGAUUCCACUGGAUCGAGCUAUUCGAGCAGAAGGUUCAGUCGAAACAUGGCUUACGUCGUUGCUGCAGGCGAUGCAACAGUCACUCCAUUCCAUCAUCCGACAGGCGUACGUUCUAAUGAACGAUCCUAAUUUCACCCUGCUGUCGUUCCUGGAGAAACUUCCGGCGCAAGUUGGUCUGCUGGGGAUCCAAAUGAUUUGGACCAGAGACGCGGAAAUUGCUUUGAUGCAAGCUCGUCAUGAGAAAAAGGUUAUGUCUGAAACAAACAACAAAUUUCUGGAACUUUUGAACACACUGAUUGAUCAAACAACGAGGGAUCUGACCAAAAUCGAGCGAACGAAGUUUGAGACACUUAUUACAAUUCAUGUUCACCAGCGCGAUAUUUUCGAUAUGAUGUGCAGAAUGAAUAUUCGGUCGGCUAACGAUUUCGAGUGGCUGAAGCAAUGUCGAUUCUAUUUCAAAGAGGAUGUCGACAAGACCUGGAUCAACAUCACCGAUGUUACUUUCAUUUAUCAGAAUGAGUAUUUGGGAUGUACCGAUCGACUUGUGAUCACACCGUUAACUGACAGAUGCUAUAUAACGUUAGCUCAAGCGCUUGCCCUCAGUAUGGGUGGAAGUCCCUGUGGACCUGCGGGAACCGGUAAGACUGAAACAGUCAAAGAUAUGGGCAAGACUUUAGCCAAAUAUGUGGUAGUAUUCAAUUGCUCCGAUCAAAUGGACUAUCGUGGCUUAGGAAGAAUCUAUAAAGGGCUUUCACAAUCCGGAACGUGGGGAUGCUUUGACGAGUUCAACAGAAUUGAACUGCCCGUAUUAUCUGUCGCAGCGCAGCAGGUGGCCGUCAUUUUGACUGCGAGGAAAGAGAAAAAGAAACGCUUCGUGUUCACCGACGGGGACGAUAUCGAGAUGAACAUGGAAUUUGGCGUGUUUAUUACUAUGAAUCCUGGCUAUGCAGGCCGCAAGGAGCUGCCGGAGAAUUUGAAAAUCCAAUUUCGAACCGUUGCUAUGAUGGUACCUGAUCGGCAGAUUAUUAUCCGAGUGAAACUCGCAUCGUGUGGAUUUCUUGAGAACAUCACUCUUGCCCGCAAAUUUUAUACUCUAUAUAAACUAUGUGAAGAACAGCUGACUAAACAAGUUCAUUACGAUUUUGGUCUCCGUAAUAUUCUUUCAGUUCUGAGAACGUUGGGUGCUGCUAAAAGAGUCAACCACAAAGACAGUGAGAGCACUAUCGUCAUGCGAGUACUUCGAGAUAUGAAUCUAUCCAAGCUGAUUGAUGAAGAUGAACCUUUGUUUAUGUCACUGGUUUCAGACUUGUUUCCGAAUCAAAAUCUUGAAAAAACGAGCUAUGGGGAGCUGGAAGCAGCCAUUAUGAGUCAGGUAGAGCAAGCAGGAUUGGUGUACCAUCCGCCGUGGAUACUAAAACUUAUCCAACUGUAUGAAACCCAACAAGUUCGGCAUGGAAUAAUGACACUCGGUCCACCGGGAGCUGGCAAAACCUGUUGCAUUAGGAUUUUAAUGAAAGCCCUCACAGAUAUUGGCCUUACACAUAAGGAGAUGCGUAUGAACCCGAAAGCCAUUACGGCUGCCCAAAUGUUUGGCAGAUUAGACGUAGCUACAAACGACUGGACCGACGGUAUCUUCUCCGCCCUCUGGCGAAAAACUUUGAAGGCAAAGAAGGGAGAGCACACCUGGCUGGUCCUUGAUGGGCCAGUUGACAGCAUAUGGAUUGAGAACUUAAACUCGGUGCUGGAUGAUAAUAAAACUUUGACGCUCGCCAACGGAGAUAGACUCUCAAUGGCACCUACCUGUAAGAUUAUAUUUGAACCCCACAACAUUGACAACGCCUCACCGGCUACGGUAUCUCGCAACGGAAUGGUAUACAUGAGUUCAUCGGGUUUAGACUGGAAGCCAAUUUUGCAAGCUUGGCUAAGAACUCGUAGUCCACAGGAAAAGAAGAUUUUGAAUGAAUUGUUCGAGGGAUCUUUCCUGAAGAUCUACGUCUGGACGACCCAAAAUUUGCAAUUAACGAUGGAGGUUCUACAGUGCAACAUUAUUCAGCAGAUGAUCUACAUUCUGGAUGGUUUAGUUCCAGUUCUAGGGGAAAACGAACAGGAGGCUGCUGUCUCUACUACCGGAAGUCUUGAUGACGAUAUCAACGACGACGAGGUACCCAAGGUUAAGGAUGAAGCCUGUACACCAGAACAUUUGCAUCGUCUGUACGUUUUCGCAUUGGCGUGGGGCAUAGGAGCGUACCUCAACUCGGCGGACCGCCUCAAGUUUGACGCACAUAUCAAGGAAAGGUAUCGCAAUCUGGACUUCCCAACGACCGAUGAGAAACCAGAUUCGACGAUAUUCGAUUAUUUCGUGUCGCAGACGGGCAGUUGGCAGUUGUGGAAAACUCUAGUUAUGCCUUACGUCUAUCCCGAAUUCUCAACGCCGGACUACUUGAGCAUCUUGAUUCCAAUUGUGGACAACGUGCGAAUCGACUAUUUGAUCAACGUGAUAGUUAAACAGGAGAAAGCCGUUCUGCUGAUUGGUGAGCAAGGGACAGCGAAAACGGUUAUGAUGAAGAGUUUCAUGAAGAAAUUGAACACGGAAACACACAUGGGGCGGUCCUUCAAUUUUUCAUCCGCCACGAGCCCAUACCAUUUUCAGAAAACAAUUGAAAGCUACGUUGAGAAACGAAUGGGAAACAUGUUUGGUCCAGGAGGAGGUCGAAAACUUCUGGUGUUUAUCGACGAUAUCAACAUGCCUCAGAUUAAUGAGUGGGGUGAUCAGAUAACAAACGAAAUCGUCAGACAAACCAUGGAUAUGCGAGGGUUCUACAGUUUGGAGAAACCAGGCGAGUUCACAAACAUAGUUGACGUGCAGUUUGCUGGAGCAAUGGGUUUGCCUGGAGGCGGUCGGAGUGACAUACCCGCUCGCUUGAAGCGACAGUUUAGCGUAUUCAAUUGCAACAUUCCAGAUAAUACAUCGAUAGAUACGAUCUUCAGAACACUUGGCGAAGGCCACUACAAUGUGAAGCGAGGAUUCUCUCUUGAGGUACGCAAACUUGUGAAGCGGCUUGUACCUUUAACCAGAUCGCUUUGGCAGCGUACCAGGGAACAGCUAUUACCAACACCGGCCAAAUUUCAUUAUGUUUUUAGUUUGAGAGACCUUUCCAGAAUUUGGCAAGGGAUGAUUGGAACUUUAUCGACGGUGAUCACAUCGGAGGCUGUGCUAAUACUACUGUGGAAAAAUGAAUGUAGUCGAGUGUUCGCGGACCGUUUUGUAUCGCUGUCGGACACGGAAUGGUUCUUGAAUGAAAUGUUGCUGGUAUUGGAGCAAGACCUUGGACCGGAAUACAGAGAGAUGGCAGGACCCAGUCCGGUAUUUGUAGAUUUUAUGAGAGACGCUCCGGAGCCAACUGGCGAGGAAGGCGAGGAAACAGACAUGGAACUACCGAAGGUUUAUGAACCAGUGUCAGAUUUUAGUAUCCUACGAGAACGAUUGAAGAUGUUCUUACUGCAAUUCAAUGAAAUGAUCCGUGGGACAGGAAUGGACCUGGUGUUCUUCCCAGAUGCCAUGUUGCACUUGGUCAAAAUAUCUAGAAUCAUCCGGCACCCAAGGGGAAAUGUAAUGCUAGUGGGAGUCGGUGGGUCUGGUAAACAAUCGCUUACCAAACUCGCAUCGUUCAUCGCUGGGUACAAAACUUUCCAGAUCAGUUUAACACGCUCUUAUAACGUAGCAAACUUCCUUGAAGACUUGAAGCUUCUGUACAGAUCCUGUGGCGUGCAGGGUAAAGGAACCACAUUUUUGUUCACCGAUAUGGAUGUGAAGGAAGAGAGCUUCCUCGAGUACCUCAACAAUAUCCUCUCAUCAGGAGUAAUAUCAAACCUGUUCAACCGAGAUGAACAAACGGAAAUCGUUUCAGAAUUAACCCCGACUAUGAAGCGGGAGAACCAAAAGAAGAAUGUGACACAAGAAACAGUGAUGGAAUAUUUUCUGCAACGUGUUUGUCACCAUCUUCAUGUGGUCUUUUGCUUUUCUCCCGUAGGCGAGACUUUUCGGCGCAGAAUUAUGCGGUUUCCGGCAUUGGUAUCCGGUUGCACCGUGGACUGGUUCCAACCGUGGCCGAAAGAUGCGCUGAUUGCCGUCGCUCACCACUUUCUAGUCGAUUUCACAAUAGAGUGUACACCCGAGGUAAAGGAUGAGCUAGUGAACGCUCUUGGGACAAUACAGGAUGUAGUUUCGACGACUUCCACUGAGUACUAUCAGCGGUUUCGCCGUGCUACUCAUGUAACUCCUAAAUCGUAUUUGAAUUUCAUUGCCGGGUACAAGAACAUAUACACUCAAAAACACAGGGAGUUGUGCGACGGAGCGGAGAAGAUGGACACUGGUCUGGAAAAACUGGCUGAAGCUUCGGAAUCGGUAGAAACUCUCAAGAUAGAUCUUGCGGAUAUGGAGAAAGAUCUCGUCGAAGCCUCCGCCAAAGCAGAACGAGUAUUGGUAGAAGUAACGGAGCGGGCAAUGCAAGCCGAAGUAUUUAAAAACCAGGUUCAGAUUGUGAAGGAAAAAGCUGAAGCCCUUGUACAAAAUAUCGCGGCAGAAAAGGGCUUAGCGGAAGAGAAGUUAGAAGCGGCAAAACCGGCUCUAGAGGAAGCCGAAUCUGCUCUAAACACUAUCAAACCGGCUCACAUCGCUACAGUACGUAAGCUGGGAAGGCCACCGCAUCUAAUUAUGCGCAUUAUGGACUGUGUAUUGAUUAUGUUCCAACGGAAGUUGCAUCCCGUUAUCGCUGACACGAGUGCACCUUCUCCGAAACCCUCGUGGCAAGAGUCGCUGAAAAUGAUGGCCAGUACAACCUUCCUGUUGCAGCUGCAGAACUAUCCGAAAGAUACGAUUAACGACGAAAUGAUUGAGCACUUGCAGCCGUACUUCCGUAUGGAGGAUUAUAACAUGGACACAGCAAGAAGGGUGUGUGGCGACGUCGCGGGAUUGUUAUCCUGGACUAAAGCUAUGGCAUUCUUCCAUGGGGUGAACAAGGAAGUGUUGCCUUUGAAGGCAAAUUUGAUGCUGCAAGAAGCUCGUCUCAAAAUUGCCAUGGAUGAUCUUACCGCAGCUGAAGAUCAAUUGGCUGAAAGAGAAGCUGCACUGCAGAAGGUGAAAGAUCAAUACGAUGCAGCUGUUUCGGAGAAGCAACGGUUAACUGAUGCGGCCAACAGUUGUUUGCGGAAAAUGACUGCAGCAACAGCGCUCAUCAACGGACUUGGAGGUGAAAAAGCGCGAUGGACUCAACAGAGUAAAGAAUUUAAAAUUCAGCUGGGAAAACUUGUCGGCGAUGUGCUACUAGCAACCGGAUUUCUGUCCUAUUGUGGUCCAUACAACCAGGAGUUUAGAGGAACACUUUUCAAGACAUGGAUGGAAAUCUUAAGAACUCGAACCAUACCGUAUACGACAGGGCUAAGUAUAAUUGGAAUGUUGACAGAUUCAGCAACCAUUUCAGAGUGGAAUCUUCAGGGACUUCCGAACGACGAAUUGUCUAUUCAAAAUGCAUUGAUCGUUACAAAAUCUAGCAGUUAUCCACUGUUAAUCGAUCCCCAAAGUCAGGGUAAGAUUUGGAUCAAGUGCAAGGAGGACCAAAAUGAGCUGCAGAUUACUUCUUUGAAUCACAAAUACUUCAGAACUCAUCUGGAGGAUAGUUUAUCUCUGGGGCGUCCGUUACUGAUUGAAGAUGUUGGUGUUGAACUGGAUCCGGUUAUAGACAACGUCUUGGAGAAAAACUUCAUCAAAUCUGGUUCCAUGGAGAAAGUAUUAGUUGGUGAUAAAGAAUGUGAUGUCAUGCCAGGUUUUAUGUUGUACAUCACAACGAAACUACCUAAUCCACCGUUUAGUCCCGAGAUCAGUUCGAAAACGGCGAUUAUCGAUUUCACCGUUACGAUGAGAGGCCUCGAAGAUCAAUUGCUGGGUCGAGUGAUACUUAUGGAGAAAGCUGAUCUAGAAUCGGAGAGAGUACAGUUGUUCGAGAGUGUGAUGAGAAAUCAACGAAGCAUGAAGGAGUUGGAAGCUAAUCUGUUGCUUCGUUUAACCUCAACGGAGGGAUCGCUGGUAGAUGAUGAAGCUUUGAUUGAGGUAUUACAAGAAACGAAAACAACCGCGGAAGAUGUCAACCAGAAGUUGAAGAUCGCCGAGGUUACAGAGAAGAAGAUUAUGAUUGCUAGGGAAGAGUUCCGAGCGGUGGCAGCUCGUGGAUCGAUUUUGUAUUUUCUGAUUGUUGAAAUGUCCAAUGUGAAUGUUAUGUACCAGAACUCCCUCAAACAGUUCUUGAUUAUUUUCGAUAACUCAAUUACGAAAUCCACCAAGAGCAACAUCACAGAGGAGCGCAUUCAAAUAAUAUUGAAAUAUCUUACAUACGAAGUGUGGGCUUUCACCAGCCGUAGUUUAUACGAAAGGCAUAAGCAAUUGUUCACGUUGAUGUUGGCCAUUAAAAUUGAUUAUCAAAAGGGAAACAUAGGGCACGACGAAUUCAUGACAUUCGUGAAGGGAGGUGCGUCAUUGGAUUUAAACGCGGUAACACCAAAGCCUUUCCGUUGGAUUUUGGACAUAACCUGGCUGAACUUGGUGGAGAUUAGCAAGUUGAAAACAUUCCAAGGGAUUUUGAAAAAAAUUGAGUAUAACGAACGCGAGUGGAAAAACUGGUAUGAGACUGAGAGGCCUGAAAUGGAAGUAAUACCUUGUGAUUAUGAACACGAAUUGGAUGUCUUUAGGAAGCUUCUUCUUAUCAGAUCAUGGAGCCCAGAUCGCACUAUAUCGCAAGCAAGGAGGUAUAUUGAACAGUCGCUUGGAAAGGAAUACGGAGAAAUGCACAUCCUGGACUUGGAAUUAACAUGGGCGGAAUCAGAGCCACGAACGCCGUUGGUGUGUAUUCUCUCCAUUGGCUCUGACCCAACCGUUCAAAUCGCAGCUCUCGCUAAAACAAAAGGUAUCCUUUUGAAAACUGUUUCCAUGGGUCAGGGCCAGGAGUAUCACGCGCGAAAAUUAAUGACAGAAUGUAUGGCCGCCGGAGGCUGGCUGCUACUGCAGAAUGUACAUCUAUCGUUGUCCUUUUGUAAUGAGAUAAUUGACAUUCUAAUUGAAACCGAACACGUUGCGGAAUCAUUUCGACUUUGGGUGACAACCGAAACGCACCCUCUCUUCCCUAUCGGUUUGUUACAAAUGGCAAUAAAAUUUACGAAUGAGCCACCGCAGGGAAUUCGAGCUAGCUUGAAGCGUAGCUAUCUCACUUUCACCCAAGAUUAUCUAGAUUAUACAUCUGCAUCCCAGUGGCCACCGUUGUUGUACACGGUAGCAUUUUUGCAUUGCGUUGUUCAGGAGCGUCGCAAGUUUGGUCCCCUGGGAUGGAAUAUACCGUAUGAGUUUAAUGCGGCGGACUUCUCCGCAAGUGUACAGUUUAUCCAAAACCAUCUGGACGAAAUGGAUCCGAAGAAAGGAGUGUCAUGGCAGACGCUUUGUUAUAUGCUGGGUGAGGUUAUGUACGGAGGGAGGGUAACAGAUGACUUCGACAAACGGUUGCUGACCACCUUUACUCAAGUGUGGUUCUCGGAGCAUCUGUUGACGCCGAGUUUUGAGUUUUAUAAAGGCUACCGUGUUCCAAACUCACGGAACAUCCAAACUUACGUUGAUUACAUCAACCAGUUGCCACCGACGGACACACCGGAGGUGUUUGGUUUACAUCCCAAUGCGGAUAUCACGUAUCAGAUUAACACCGCCAAAGGGAUACUGGAUACUAUCCUCAGUGUGCAACCGAAGGAAGGUGGUGGCGGUGGAGGAGAAACGAGAGAGUCCAUUGUCUGGCAGCUAGCUAAGGAUAUGUUAAGGAAGUUGCCCCCGCAGUAUGUUGCCUUUGAGGUGAAGGAAUCACUGACUCGGAUGGGUGCACUGUUGCCGAUGAAUAUAUUUUUGAGACAAGAGAUCGACCGAAUGCAGCGUGUGAUCAAUACUGUGUAUACCAACUUGUGUGAUCUGAAACUGGCCAUUGACGGAACGAUUGUGAUGAGCCACUAUCUGCGACAGUCGCUGGACGCGAUGUAUGACGCCCGCAUACCGGAAAAGUGGCAAAAGAUUUCCUGGGAAUCUACAACUUUAGGAUUCUGGUAUACCGAACUGUUGGAAAGAAAUCAACAGUUUCGUGUCUGGAUAAAUAGCGACCGUCCGAAGGUUUUCUGGAUGACCGGAUUCUUUAACCCGCAAGGAUUUCUCACUGCGAUGAGACAGGAAGUAACACGUGCCCAUAAAGGAUGGGCUCUGGAUUCGGUAGUGCUACAGAAUCAAAUUACUCGCUACAACAAGGAAGACAUCCAUGAUUCACCGGCUGAAGGAGUUUACGUGUAUGGACUGUUUCUGGAGGGAGCGUCACUGGAUCGCCGCAGCGGAAAAUUAAUCGAGUCAAAGGCAAAAAUUUUGUACGAGCAGAUGCCGGUGAUUUAUAUCUACGCUAUCAACACGACCGCCGGCAAGGACCCCCGGUUGUACGAGUGUCCGAUUUACCGCAAGCCGCAGCGAACCGACCAGAAGUACGUGGGCUCUAUCGACUUCGAGACCGACUUCAACCCGCGCCACUGGACGUUGCGGGGCGUCGCAUUAUUGUGUGACAUUAAAUAAUCGGAUUUCGUGUUUUCAAUUUGCUUGCUAUAUUUUUUAUCGUUGCACUUGUUAAGCCUUUCUGUUUCAGCUGCGGCUAAUUAGUAGCGCAGCGAGCAGGAAAUGCUGAGAUUUUUUUCUUCAAAAGACACCAAAAAACCCCUCUCAGAGUGAAAAGAAAAUGAACUUAUUAUGUACCAAAAUACAUGAAUAAAACGUUUGAUCUG